GUGGGCAGUUGAAGGUUUGGGAUAACAACACAGGUGAGCUGAUUGCCAAUAUAGACCGCAAGUCUUUUUUCUCUGACAACAAACCGCCUGAUCUGGCAUCUGAGUUGGAUGACAGAAUUUCUGACUAUGAUUCUAGUUCACCUCCGAAAGAUGAGACAUUGACGUUUCCUAGAUUGCUCAACAAAAUCAACACUGACUUCUCACAUCAUAUAGGCGAUUCUCCUGCAUACACAGAUUCCAAGUAUGAUUUCAACAAGUCAUAUAGGUACUUUUAUUUCAACCACAAUUUUGAUGUGCGGCUCAGACAUAAGUAUGAUUGUGUCAAAGAUGAUAUGGCAAAGCGAACGAGUAUUGAAGAAAACAUACACAAAAAGAGAAGGAGCAUUGAUGAUAAUGACGAAUCUGAAGUUAGUUUCAAAAGCGAGUAUUCUCAAUCGGGUUGGAAAAGAGAUGUUAACAACUCUUCAGUGAAUGGUAGAGCGAGUAUCAAUAACGAUCAAAGCAACUUUUCAUGCUGUAAGCUAUCUCCUGUUUGGUGCAUGGACUAUCAGGACAAUUUGAUUGUCAUUGGUUGUGCUGAUGGAAGGUUGGAGUUCUGGGAGGGUACAACAGCAAAGCUGAAGUGUAUUUUCGAAGACGGAACUGAGUCUAGCAUUAGCCAUGUGAAAAUAAUUGGGGCUCGAGUCAUAGCUGUUCGAUUAUGUGGUAUGAUAGAGUUACUCCAGCUUCAAACUUAUAAUCAAGGUCGUCCCAUAGACUGGAAUUUUACUUGUGCCUACAGAAGGAUGCAUGUGAGGACAGCCUCUGCAGGAUCUAUCACAGACCAUGAUUUACCAAUACAGACUGAUAGUGAAGAAGACUUGAGAUGCAUCAAAUUGCAAACCAUCAAAGCUCAUCAACAGCCAAUAACUUGUUUGGACUGUGAGGGGAGUAAAAUUCUGACUGGAAGCCAAGAUCACACAUUAAAAGUGUUCAGGUUAGAUGAUGGAAGUCCCCUGUAUACGUUACAUGGACACUGUGGACCCAUCACUUGCCUCUUCAUUGACAGAAUCAAUCCUGCCACAUCUGGCAGUGGAUCCCAAGAUGGAAUGUUGUGCGUUUGGGAUCUGCUAACAGGCGCAUGCAUGUAUAGCAUCCAAGCUCACAAUGGAAGCAUAACCUCACUGACCUACUCUGCAAGUUACGUCAUUUCUUUAGGCACCGAUGAUCGUCUCUGCGUGUGGGAGCGUUUCCAGGGUCACCUACUCAACACAAUUAACAUCUCACAGCCGUUUUCAAAUCAAGUUCUUAUGCUGGCGCAGCAUUUGGUGAUUACUGCUCGAAGUGGUGGACUAGUUAUCUGGGAUGUUCGAACCGGAGAUUGUGUUAGAACAAUUACUCUUGGUAGAGCACCGUUCAUCUUCAUCAACCAGCUGAUUUUGCUGCGGGAUGCAGUUUUGUGCGAUUACGGGAAACAGUUGAGGAUAGUCAGAUUUCCACUAAUUACACACAAGUUUGACUAGAGUAGCCUUUAGUUGUUUCAUAUUUGCACUUUUUCAGAUAGAUCAGUUUUCAUUUCACUUUGUUGAAGUAGAGUAAGAAAUCGAGGUGUCUUGAAUUCUCUGAUUUGAUUAUUGGGGAAAAGUGCAGGGAAGAUUUGAAUGGUUAUUCGAAAUUACAAUAAGAGAAAUCCUUCAAUUCGACAUGUUUCUUUUUUGUUAAGUGUAGAAUCCAAUGCUCCAAGAGCACGAGCAAAAAAAACCUAUGGAAUUUUUUAUCGAAUUGAACAAAGGAAAAAUUGCCAAAGAAUUUUUUUUUCAAUAUUUAGUCCAUCUAGGAAUAAACAAGUAGAAGAAGGCCAAUAUGGGAAAAUCGGAAUCUGCUAGAGAUUCAAAGUCGCUCAAAUUAGGAUAAAGUUGCCUAGUUCAGAUAUUGUUUAACGUUUUGGAACUUUGAACAUUUAGAUUAUGCGUGAUUAUACAUCAGUAAAAUUGUUAUCAAAAGGACUAACUUAUGAAGAGUGAUUCUUUUUCCAGUCCAUGUAAAAUUGGUCAUGAUUUCUUGUAGACAUAACAUUGGAAAAUAAGUAAUCACCAUCUUAUAUAGCUUGAAAAGUGAUAGCAAAAAAAUGUUUUCUGUUUUUUGAUGUCUCAUUGAGUAAUGUCAGAAAGUUUUUUUUGUAUUCAUAUCUGGAAUUU